GUACCCGCCAUCGAAAAAGACCUCGGUGCGGAAUCCUAUUUGCUUCACCGCAGUACAGGCUAAAUCUAUAUAAUUCGCCCGCAUGACUGAUUUCAGCGAUUGAGAGUGCGGGCGUCGAUCCGAAGGGUUGGAAGCUGACCGGCCGGAGGAAUAUCAUUAUUAUUGCGAAGCUCGGCUCGAUAAGCGUCACUCGCCUUCAUUUCCUUGCUGCUGGACAGGACAAAACAAACAAACACAUUCGUUGACAACGACAAUACGGCGUAACGGGACGACAAGGAUGCGAGGGCUAUCAAAGAUUGAUGAGAUAUGACGACCACCACCAUGGCUACCGACAAUCCCUUUGUCGACCCCGCGACUUCAUUUGAAGAAGCAGGAAGAGGAUCGUCCUUCGCAAUUGAUGCUACCUUGGCAGUAGGCAGGAAUGCCUCACUGACUCUGGGUACCGACUCUCUGAUUGUGCUAGAUGAGGCAUUCGAGAAGAGAGACAGGAGUAAUUGCUGCGGGCUUUGGCCAUCCGGCACUGCCAAUACACGCGCAAUACCCUUCUACAACGUCCUAUGGGCCGAGCUGAAGGAUUCCGAACUCACACUGAGUUAUGCCUCACCGUCGGCAAAGUCGGUAGUCAAGGCAGCAACUUUAAAAUAUCCUAUCGAAUACCAGAUGGUAGAGCUGGUCAACAAAUGGAUUCUCAGACUCUUAGACAGAGCAUAUGGCCAGUCGCAAAGGAAGAAGAGAGCCAAGGUCUUGGUCAAUCCGCAUAGCGGCAAAGGGAGUGCUGAGAAAUGGUACUACCGGGAUGUGGAACCUCUCUUGAAGGCAGCACAAUGUUCUAUCGAUAUGACGAAAACGAGGCACAGUGGUGAGGCGGUAGAGAUUGCGGAGAGGUUGGACAUUGAGGCCUACGACAUUGUGGCGUCCUGCUCUGGUGAUGGAUUGCCUCACGAAGUCUUCAAUGGUCUUGGAAAGAGACCAGAUGCCAAGAAGGCAUUGUCUAAGAUUGCAGUGGUGCAUAUUCCAUGUGGAAGUGGAAAUGCUAUGAGCUGCAAUCUCAAUGGCACAGAUAGUGCCAGUCUGGCUACACUGGCCAUCAUCAAGGGCCUGCCCACGCCAUUGGAUCUGAUAUCCAUCACGCAAGGAGAAACCCGGACCCUCAGCUUUCUGUCGCAAGCAGUCGGAAUUGUGGCAGAGUCUGACUUGGCAACUGAACAUCUUCGAUGGAUGGGUGCUCAAAGGUUCACGUACGGAUUCUUGGUGCGGCUCCUAGGGAAGACAGUGUAUCCUUGCGAUAUUGCUGUGAAGGUCGCCAUUGACGAUAAGAACUCCAUUGUAGAGCACUACAAGCGGGAGAAGACAAAUUUUGAGCCUGCAAGUGAGCGGAGAGGAUACAAGUAUCUGCUAGAUGACGAUGCUUCGGCAACUAGUGGAAACGAAGAUGGACUGCCGCCUCUCAGAUAUGGAACUGUCAAUGACAAGUUACCAGAAGGGUGGGAGCUCGUCCCAUAUGAUAAGCUGGGUAAUUUCUAUUGUGGUAAUAUGGCAUACAUGGCGUCUGAUGCAAAUUUCUUCUCGCCUGCUCUACCAAACGACGGAUACAUGGAUCUUGUAUGUGUAAAUGGAGAUAUUAGCCGCUUGACUGCUAUGAACAUGAUGUUCUCCCUCGAAAGUGGCAAGCUCUACGAGAUGCCGGGAGUCUGGUACAGAAAGGUCCUCGGAUACAGAAUCAUCCCUAAAGACCAAGAAGACGGCUACAUUAGUAUAGACGGAGAACGAGUCCCUUUCGCACCAUUCCAAGCCGAAGUACAUAGAGGUCUUGGCACGGUCCUUACAAAAAGCGGUCACAUGUAUGAAGCGCCGGGUCCUGUUUGAUUUGUAUUUUGCUUUGGAUGUAAAAGGGGCGUUCUUCUAUCAACAAGAGUUUCUCUUCUCGACUUGACCACAAGAUACCCACAGGUGGAUCGCACUACGCGACUUGAGAUUUGGAGUUCAUCUAUCUGUAUAGCGAACAGGAAAAUCAAUCUUGCAAUAACCUGAACGCCUCGC